AUUUUAACACCAUGGACGAAAGCAUUUCUUUAAUUCCAAAUGCUCCAAUCUAUAUAGGCAAGUCUUUCCUUUUGGCAAUCCAAAAGAGAAGACAAAGCUUUACUCCAUAAACCAGUAAAAAAAUUGUACUUAACAUACUUGAGGACCCAAAAAAAUUCUUUUUUCCAAACCCAAACCGCAUUCGAACAGCCUCAUACAGCAUGUAUCCCAGUUUCCAUAUCCGAAGAACAAAGUCCGCAAAUUGGAUUCACGUUUAUACGUCUCCUAACAAUCUCAAAACCACAAGGCAAAACCAAGGUACAUGCCCUCCACGAAAUACAGUUGAACUUGUUGACCACAUUAAGUUUCAGGAUAGCAAUGCACCAAUCAUAAGCCUUAUCAUCACUUGUCCCUUCAAUUAAAGAUCCCUCCCUCAAUUUCCAAGCAAUCCAACAACCUACUUUUUUGGUUUAUAAUCCAAUUAGUUAAAUGGAUUUGAAUCCCUUUUUUUUUUUUUUUUUUUAAACCAAUUAAGUCAAAGCCACAAAAUGUCCAAAGGUUAAAAAAAUAGGUCCUGGUUUUCGAAAAUGCAUGGUAAAAUUUAUUGUUCAUUCACAUAAUAAAUCAAAACAUAAAGCUUAAUUUUCUUUUUGGGACUAUUAUUUUUUACUUGGAUAUUUUUUCCUUCAUUUUUUUUUUUUUUUUUUUUUUUGUCAUUGGGUCUAUAACCCAACAGAAGCUUACCCAAUUGUAAAAGAUCAGGCAACAAGUCUUCAGCUAUUUAGUCCAAUUAUAUGAGCUCCCAGGAUUCAUUCAACCUAAAGGACCCCAAAAUGCAAAAAGAGUCCAACAAACCUAAACAAAGUCGGAUCCCAAUUUAAAAUUCAAAUAAAUAUGAAUUAUUAAUUAAUCUAAAAUUGACAGGAAUUGUUUUCAUCUACUAAAGAUGAACUACACUAGGUGAACAACAACAAUUGUGUGAAUUUUAUCACUUCUAUUAUUUUUAUUUUUUAUAACACUAUAAAUCAUAAAAGAAUUACAAUAAAAAAAGGAUUUGUAAAUUCCCCAAAGAAAGUCAUCUUUUAUCGACCCUCUCAAUCAUUAAGGCACCUGCAAAAAUCAGCUAUCACGAUUUAAAUUAUCAUAAAUCUGAACUGCCCUUUAGAAGUGAGCCUUCCGCUCCAUCUUCGUACUCAACUUCUGCAACAACAAUGGCACCAACACCACUUACAGCAAUGAGCUAUCACAAUUGCAGUUUUCAUCAACUUCAACUGCAUAUUAAAAGUGAGCCUUCGCCUCCAUCUUCAUACUCAGCUUCAAGAACAACAAUGGAACCAACACCAACGGAACCAACACCAACUUCAAAUCCUGCUCCAUCAUCUUUAUCUCCAUACUUGCAUUCAGCUAUUGCUCAGGGGAUAGCUCUCACUCAAGCUCAAGCUCAAGCUCCUACUGAUACUGCGGCCUCCUUGGAACCCUUGAUGUACAAUAACCGUUUGCAAGAGUACACCCAGAAAUUAGGCCUACCACUGCCCAAGUACCAAACCACUAAUGAAGGAUCUCAACAUUUACCGACGUUUAAGUCAACUUUGUAUGUUGAUAAAGCAGUUUAUACUUCACCAACCACGUCUUUACAUCGAAAAAUAGCUGAACAAAAUGCUGCUAAAAUUGCAUUGGCAUCGGAAUUAAACAAGAAUAGAAAGAAUGAAUGGUUUCCUCUCAUUUAUCUGGAUGUAGUGUUCUGCAAGUCUAUCUUGAACGAAUUUGCAGUUAAGAUGAAUAUGGAAAAGACUAAGUAUAACACCAUUAAACAUGAAAGAGAGCUUCCAGGUUUCAUAUCUUCUUUGUAUUUUAAUGGUGUAUCAUAUUCUGGUGAACCUAGAAGAAACAAGAAAGAAGCUGAACAAUUUGCAGCUCGUACUACUAUUUUGUCGCUUUUAGGUAAUCCUGAGUUUAAAACCGUUCUUUCAGAGAUUAUCAGAUCUAAAGAAAAACUCUCAGCCACAUUUAACCAAAUCAAGCGGCCAUGCAAUGCUAAUGCUUUUCCCACAAUUGAUGGUCAAAGUUCUGCUUAAUGGCAG